AUGGCGAACAUGACUCUGGAGUUCAGGCAUGGGGAGGGUAUCGACCGGAUUCCAACUACUUGGUACACCUCUGCCGACCCAAUAGACUCGUUCAUCUGGAGUCAUGUUAUCUUGAUGGUAAUUGCUUUCGCAGUCAUAUUUCCCAUCGGCAUGGUCUUGGGCCUGGGGAAAUCGCGAUGGCACAUUCCAUUCCAGGUCUUUGGCUUGGUCCUGACUGGUAUUGGCUGGAUACUUCCAUCUUUCCAUGGAGGUAGGCAGUAUCUGAAGCCUAAUAUCCAUGCAUCAUUCGCAAGGUGGCUCUUUUGCGCCGUCUUCGCUCAAGCAGGAAGUGGAAUAUAUUUGAGCUUCCGUCUGGAAGGCCGACAACAUCGGAGAAUCAGAAAAAUAUUGCAAAGGUGGCAUGGUGUUGCAGGAAAAUUAAUGCCUGUCGUUGGCUGGACACAAAUGAUGUUUGGAGGAGAGACAUCACAAGGCUUCUGCCACGGAGAUUGGCUGCCGAUGUGUGCCGGCCAUGUCUCUAUGGGAUCUAUCAUGAUCGGUACAGGAAUUAUACUGGUUAUCAUCACCAUCGAUGGAGAGAGAUGGAUACGGAAGACCGGGAGAUCGUUGGAUUUCUAUGCUUGUGCCACAAUUGCAGCAUCUGGGUGCGGUAACGCAUGCUCCGAGUGGAACCAUCGGGAGUAUAGCCACGUCGCCUUCGGAGUCUUCUGGUGGGUAGCUGGCAUAGUCGGUCUUUGGCAGACACGCAAACUUGACCAACGGACACCUAUACCCGGAGUGGUAUUCUUGGUAACAGGAUGGUACUUCAGCAUGCACGAGCAGCCGAAUACUAUGGCAAAGCAUGUGCAUGAGAUCCUCGGAUGCGUGAUGAUGAGUGCAGGAGCUAUACACUUUGUGGAAAUUGCCUAUUUCACCAGAAAUCUUGAUCGAAACUGCGCCACAAUUGACUACUGCCCUCGGAAAAAUCCGAAUCCGUCCGAGUUUGUCUUUUCGUUCUUGAUCAUAGUUAUGGGCGUCAUUAAUAUAUACGCACCACCUCAAACUCUGUGGCUUUUCAAUUACUGGGGUCUUGAUCACAUUUCCCUCAUGUUGAUAUGGUUCUCGAUUGCAAUGGGCAUCAUGUGUUUUACGCUUAUGCUCGUCCAGCUCUAUAGGAGCCUCAAAAACUCGGAAAUGCAAUUGAUACGUGGUCAAGGUGACCUUGGAAUCAUGGGAGAUACGGAGCUCUGUGGCCUUUUGGGUACAGAUACGGCUCAAGGUGAUGAAGAGGAGGUCAAAACAACAACAGAUCCCUCAGCCCGUACACUACACAUAUAG